UUUAAUCAUUCAGUGCCUGACUUCUUUUUUGCAGAUAUAAAUGAAUGUGAAGCAGGAAAGCACAACUGUCAUGCAAACGCUAAUUGCACAAACACUAAAGGAUCCUUUGAGUGCACCUGCAAUCCAGGGUAUUCUGGGGAUGGAGUUAACUGCACAGGUGAAAACAAUACCUCGGUCUUCUUUUUGAUGAAUCUUUUUCUAAUCAACUCCAUUUAUCUCGCAUUAGAGCCAAGUUCAGCCACAAGGUAGUAUGCAGCUUAGUCUCUGGUAGUGCAGUUUAUUCUUUUAAGCUGAAUAAGUAUGGAAAUGCUCUUGCAUUAUAAAAGUUUGUGAUUUCCAGUAUCUGUAUGCAAUUUUAGCCUCAUACAUCCUUGAGAUAUUGAAGUUUUUUAUGUAUUAUUAUAUUGUGCCCAUGCAAGAUUGUCAUGUCCGAACACGCAUUCACGCUGGGUGAGCUUACUACAUUUAAUUAUAUCAGACCAAUGUACACAAUUCAGUCUUUAGGGUAUGAGCGGAAACGUGUCCUUUUUAUCCCUCCUUGUGUUGGCAAUUUUUCUUUGGAGAGGAAGUCAUUCUGUAUUCUCUAAUAUCUUGCUUCCUUAGGUCUCCCGAAUCCUCUAUCUAUAGACUUGAUGUCAUUUCUGAAUUUCUCACCUGCUCAAUGCAAAAAUGUUUUUGCUUUUCAGUAUAGCCAGAUAUCUCUGGCUCCCUCUCUCUUCUGAUCGUACCCAAUCCUAGAAAAUAAAACUAAGGUUAAGUAAAUCAGUUUUGAUGAUUUAGUCUUGCAUCUGAUUUGCAGACGUAAAUGAGUGUAUAACAGGAAAACACAACUGUGACGCCAACGCUAAUGCAGUCUGCAAUAACACUAAAGGAUCUUUCGAGUGUACUUGCAAGCCAGGGUAUUCGGGGAACGGAGUUAACUGUACA